CAACUAUAUGAUGAUACUGUGAACAGUUGAUUGUACACCAUGGAUGAUUGUAUGUCAUGGAGUGGCAGCAGUCAGACUCCUCCGCCCUGUCUUGUCCAUAGACUUGACCGUAUUGUGAUGACAGUAAAGAGCAUUAAAGACACCACCAUGUUUUAUUCCAAGAUCCUGGGCAUGGAGGUCAUGACUUUCAAGGGAGAUCGGAAAGCACUGUGUUUCGGAGACCAGAUAUUUAACCUCCAUGAGGUAGGAAAAGAAUAUGAGCCCAAAGCCUCUCACCCAGUUCCUGGCUCCCUGGACAUAUAUCUGAUCACAGAGAUGCCUUUGGAUAAAAUGAUCUAGCACCUCAAGGCUUGUGAUGUCCCCAUUGAGGAGGGUCCAGUCCCCAGAACAGGGGCAAAAGGGCCCAUUAUGUCUAUCUACUUCCAAGACCCUGACAGAAACCUGAUUGAAGUGUCCAACUGUAUCUCCUCAUGAUUGAGACUAGCCCUUCUCCAUUUUGUUCCCCACGAUACUACCCUCUCCCUUCCUUCCUGCAAACCCUUGCCUACCCCCAGAGACGUCAGAGGACUGAGGAUAUUGGCA